CCGACAGAAUUCAGUAAGUCAAGAAAGGCGAAAUGAGACGAUUGCGAAAGAGGGCCUUAGCCACAGGCUCGAUGUGGACGGCCACUUUCCUUAUAGUCAACAUGCUCACGCUGAUGGCUUCUACGACCCGCAUCGCUCUCUCUCGCUCUGUCCGCCAUCAUCGUCAUCAUCUUCAUCGAUACGCGAGACACCAUUCUCUAUCCAAAAAAUCGUUCCCUUGCCCGCUCUGGUCCUCCUCCUUCUCCUUCUGCCUCCAGAGCCCCCGGAGAUCCACCUCUCUCUCCCUCUCCACCACCUGUUCCUCCGUCCCCACUCGGCCGAUCGCUCCCCGAGCUCCGCCUAUGGCCGACGUCGCCGACGAGAGCAAUCCCCUCUUGCAGGACUUCGAGUUCCCGCCUUUCAACGCCGUCGAGGCCAAGCACGUCCGUCCUGGGAUUCUGGCUCUCUUGAAGGAGCUGGAGAGUGAUCUGGAGGAAUUGGAGAGGACGGUGCACCCGUCAUGGCCAAAGCUUGUGGAGCCAUUGGAGACGAUUGUCGAUAGAUUGACUGUGACCUGGGGAAUGAUCAAUCAUCUCAAGGCCGUUAAGGAUACAGCUGAGUUGCGUGCUGCUAUAGAGGAAGUCCAGGCAGAGAAGGUUAAGUUUCAGCUCAGACUUGGGCAAAGUAAACCUGUUUACAAUGCUUUUAAAGCUCUUCAAGAGUCACCUGAUUGGAACAUGCUGAGCGAUGCUCAAAAACGUAUAGUGGAAAACCAAAUAAAGGAAGCAAUUCUGAACGGGGUUGCCCUGGAAGAUGGUAAAAGAGAAGAGUUUAACCAAAUUGAGCAGGAACUUGAAAAAUUAUCCAAGAAGUUUGAUGAGAAUGUGUUGGAUGCCACAAAGAAAUUUGAAAAAUUGAUUACUGAUCAGAAGGAUAUUGAAGGAUUGCCUGCUACAGCUGUUGGUUUGGCUGCACAAACAGCGGUGUCUAAGGGGCAUGAAAAUGCAACUCCAGAAGGUGGGCCGUGGGUGAUCACUCUUGAUGCUCCAAGUUUUAUGUCUGUCAUGCAACAUGCUCGAAAUAGAGCUUUACGCGAGGAAAUCUACCGUGCUUAUGUUACUCGGGCCUCCAGCGGAGAUAUAGACAACACUUUAAUUAUUGACCAAAUCUUGAAGCUUAGGUUGGAAAAAGCUAAGCUUCUGGGUUUUAAUAAUUAUGCUGAGGUUAGCAUGGCCAUGAAAAUGGCUACUGUUGAUAAAGCAGAAGAGCUUCUAGAGAAACUUAGGAGUGCUUCAUGGGAUGCUGCAGUUCAAGACAUGGAGGACCUAAAGAAUUUUGCCAAGAGUCAAGGGGCAAAAGAAUCUGACGAUUUGAGCCAUUGGGACAUUAACUUCUGGAGUGAGAGACUGCGUGAAUCAAAAUAUGACAUCAAUGAGGAAGAACUGCGCCCAUAUUUCUCAUUGCCAAAAGUGAUGGAGGGCCUUUUCAACCUUGCAAGGACACUUUUUGGAAUCGAGAUUGAGGCUGCUGAUGGACUAGCACCGGUUUGGAACAGUGAUGUUAGCUUCUACUGUGUAAAAGAUUCUUCAGGAAAUCCAACUGCAUACUUCUAUUUUGAUCCCUAUUCUCGACCAUCUGAGAAAAGGGGAGGUGCAUGGAUGGAUGAGGUUGUUGCUCGAAGCCGUGUGCUGUCUCGAGAUGGUGCAAGUGCAAGAUUACCGAUUGCUCACAUAGUGUGCAAUCAAACACCACCUGUGGGGACCAAGCCAAGCCUUAUGACAUUCCGAGAGGUUGAAACCGUUUUUCAUGAAUUUGGUCAUGCACUUCAACACAUGCUAACCAAACAGGACGAAGGCCUUGUUGCUGGUAUUAGAGGAAUAGAGUGGGAUGCUGUGGAACUGCCCUCUCAAUUUAUGGAGAACUGGUGUUACCACAGGGAUACCUUGAUGGGAAUCGCAAAGCACUAUGAAACUAGUGAGAGUCUCCCUGAAGAUGUAUAUAGAAAGCUCCUCGCAGCGAGGACUUUUCGUGCGGGCUCCUUAAGCGUUCGCCAGAUAAGAUUUGCAAGUGUGGAUCUGCAACUUCAUACAAAAUAUGUUCCUGGGGGGCCAGAAUCUGUAUAUGAUGUGGAUCGAAGGGUUUGUGAAAAAACCCAGGUGAUCCCUCCACUUGCUGAGGAUCGAUUCCUUUGUAGUUUCAGCCAUAUAUUUGCAGGUGGAUAUGCAGCUGGCUAUUACAGUUACAAGUGGGCAGAGGUGCUAUCUGCAGAUGCUUUCUCCGCAUUUGAGGACGCAGGUUUAAAUGACAGCAAGGCUGUCAAAGAAACAGGGCAAAGGUUCCGAGAGACGAUUCUUGCUCUUGGAGGUGGAAAAGCUCCACUACAGGUUUUUAUUGAAUUUCGAGGACGUGAGCCUUCACCCGACGCAUUACUUAGGCAUAACGGCCUUUUGCGAGUUGCAGCAUAAUGCUGUUCCAAUGGCUACUUCCAUUGUUAUGGCCCAAAAGGAAGGUUGGGGUCAUGGACAAUUUUCAAGUAUUUAGUUCACAUAUGGUUUCAUGCCAACCACAACAAUUUGACUUUGGAAACGAAUUUCCAAAUAAGUGAAGAGAGAGACUUUUUUUAGCCUUCUCUCCUUUAAUGUACAUCGGGCACUAUAGUAAGGAAUACAUGUGAAUCAAGGGUAGACUAGAUAGCUUCCCAUUCUAAAGACUUCGAAAUUUCUUCACCUCGUUUGGAUAUCUUGCAAGUCUUUGAAUUUU